AUGGCCGGUGUAGCAGCGAAAACGUCAGCAAUGUUCAACAACGGCGUAACCAGCGUCGAGGUCGUAGACAGUGAUAAUGAUGAUAUUGGUGUUACUAGGAGUGGGAUUAAGAGGUUUUUGGUUCCAUCAGUGAAUAGAUUUCGGCAACUUUUCACUUCGUCUCCAACCAGCAUGGCUAGUAGCACUAAACGUUAUUGGCGUCGGCGUCAAAACAAACAGGACACCGAGAACGACCAAUAUUAUGACCAGGUCGACGAACAAGACGAAUAUAGUGACAAACAGGAGCUACACCAACAAAUAAACGACGGGAACGGUAGCAAAAAUCACGAUGUGGAAGAAGCUGACGAUGAUGACGAAGAGGAUCAAGACGAAGAUAGGCAAGUACGAAAAAAAAUGCUCAGAAAACAAAAUAAAAAGGAGGUUGAAGUAAAGAAAAAAAAAAACACUGAAAUACGAUUAUUGCUGGCUAAAUCUACCGAUGAUACUAAAAAUAACGCAAAAAUGAUGUCUGAAUCAACGGCAGUUGUCACAAUAAUGGACGAACUCGACUUUAAAGAAAAUUCAAAUGCUAAUGAUAGCGAGAGGGAGACUUGGGAGAGGAAUGCAGAUUUUUUGUUAUCAAUUAUUGGGUUUGCUGUUGAUUUGGCGAAUAUAUGGCGAUUUCCAUACUUGUGUUACAGAAAUGGAGGAGGUGCAUUUUUGAUACCAUAUUUUCUAAUGUUGAUAUUUGGUGCAGUACCUCUAUUUUAUAUGGAACUAAUACUAGGCCAGUUUAAUAGACAAGGACCGAUAAGUGUGUGGAAGAACGUGUGUCCUCUUUUUAAAGGUGUUGGAUUUUGUGCUGUGCUAGUAGCAUUUUACGUUUCAUUUUACUACAAUGUUAUCAUUGGUUGGUCACUGUAUUUUCUCGCAAUGAGUACUACAAGCAGUUCGGGACAGUUACCGUGGGUGCACUGCAAUAAUACCUGGAACACAAAUUCAUGCGUUGAACAAAAAGAUGACGAUUGGGCAGCAGUCAUCAAUGGUUCAAACCAAAAUUAUAAUUAUUUACCAAGGAUGCACGCAAACGGAAGUUUACUUGUAAUGUUAGAUGGUACAUCUGAUACAGGCAGUAAUUUUAACGACCAGAGUUCACCAGCAGCCGAAUAUUUUCACCGAGGCGUACUUGGCAUGCAGAUGAGCGAUGGUCUUAACGAACUAGGGUAUCCGAAGUGGCAAUUGGCGUUGUGUGUAUUCAUCGUAUACGUUAUGCUGUACUUGAGUUUAUUUAAAGGUGUAAAGUCAUCUGGUAUCGUCGUUUGGGGCACAGCCACACUGCCUUAUUUGGUAUUGACAAUAUUGUUGAUCAGAGGACUCAUGUUGCCAGGCUCUUUAACUGGCAUCACCUAUUAUUUACAACCGGAACUGUACCGACUUUUAGAUACACAAGUGUGGGUGGACGCAGCCGUUCAAAUAUUUUAUUCAGUAGGAGCCGGGUUUGGUGUUCACCUGUCGUACGCGUCAUACAAUAACAUAAAAAACAAUUGCUACACCGAUUGUUUGAUUACGACGGCUGUCAAUUGCUUUACCAGUUUCUUUUCGGGUUUUGUGAUAUUCACUUAUUUGGGUUUCAUGUCGCACAAACAACAUAAGCCUAUAAGUUCUGUGGCCACCGAGGGUCCCGGUCUAGUAUUCCAAGUGUAUCCUGAGGCUGUGGCAACGUUACCAGGAUCCAAUAUUUGGGCUAUGCUGUUCUUUUUCAUGUCCAUCACGUUGGGCAUAGAUUCUGCGAUGGGUGGAUUAGAGUGCGUCAUUACUGGACUGAUGGACGAAUUUAAUGGUUUUUUCAAAAAACAGAAGUGGCCACGCGAACGUUUUACGUUCGCAGUCAUAGGUAUUUCGUUUUGUGUGGCUCUGAUAAAUGUAACACCGGGUGGCAUAUAUAUGCUUCAUUUGUUGGACACAUAUGCUGCUGGUAUAUCUCUGUUGUGUUCAGCACUGUUCGAAUGUUUAGCUGUAUCAUGGUUUUACGGAUUGGAGAAAUUUUGUGAUGACGUGGAAAACAUGAUUGGGCACCGUCCAGGGUUAUAUUGGCGAAUAUGUUGGAAAUUUAUUAGUCCAAUGUUUAUCAUAGGUGUUGUGACUUUUGCUUUGAUUUAUCACCAACCUCUGACUUACAACGGUUACGUGUAUCCAGAAUGGGCUGAAUGGCUAGGUUGGACUUUAGCCUUUUCAUCAAUACUAAUGAUACCAGGAAUGGCUAUAGUGCAAAUGUGUAGAGCCAAUGGCUCGUUUAAAAAGAGAUUGGCUUAUAAUAUUACGCCAGCCAGUGAACACGAGUCUAUGGAAAAGAACAAGGGCGAGUGCACAAGAUUCCGUUUAAAGCACUGGCUAUACAUUUAAUGUUAUUACUAUUUUAAAUGUAAAUCAAAUGUAUUGUUCGAUAUUACUUUGUAUUUAAUUUUUAAUUUUUUUCCUCCUAUAACUACACGAGGAAGUAGGUAUACUUUUUACCAACACAAUUUAUAUUAAAACCUUAAAAUAUAAUAUACAAAUAUUUAUAAAUUCAUUUAAUCAAAUUGAUAAUAUUAAUAUUCAGAGCCGGAUUAAGAGGGGGGGGCUAAGUGGGCUAUAACCGAGGACCCCCAAAAAAAUAAUAUGGGCUUACAGCUUUUCUACUUACUACUCUUUUUUUUUUUUUAAAAAAAAUAUAAUUUUAACAAUAUUUAUUUAAAGAUACAAUCAUAUUAAUAAUUUGAAAUAAUUGUCUAUGACAAUAUGCAUGUUAUUGAAUUAGAUAGGUACAUACAACACGCAAUAUACUGUGUUAUUUCGUUUUAUUUUAUGGCUUUCAAAAAAAAGUUUGAAGUCGAUACUUUCUUUGUUAUUAUAGAUAAAUUGAUUUCUGAACUUAACAGAAGAUUAAAUUCUUAUUAUCUUUUUCUUACUCAAUUCAAAUUUUUAGUAAACUUUAAAACUGUCAAUGACCCAGACAUUGAUUCAUUAAAUAAUAGUAUUCAGUUUUACAUAAUGAUCUCGAUGAUAACUUGAAAACAGAAUAUCACAUUUUUAUCAUUAUAUCAAAACAGUUUCUUCAAAUAUUGACAGUUGUGGUGCUAUAACAAAAAUUCUAUAUGAACGACAGCUUAUUGAUGUUUUUUCAAAUGUAUAUAUUGCACUGAGAUUAUACCUGACAAUACCGUUGACAAAUUUUGAAGCAGAACGUUCAUUCUUAAAGUUGGCUAUAAUUAAAAAUUGACUAAGAUCUACACAGAUUGAAGAUAGGUUGAACGCAUUAACAGUUAUAUCAAUUGAAAAUGGCAUAUGCAAAAAACUUUCAUUUGAUGACGUUUUAGAUAUUUUUGCAUCAAGUAAAUCUAGAAAAAAAUAUUUUAAAUAAUCAUUUGUUUGUAUUUUUGUGUUAUU